AUGAUUAGUGAUAAUUCAAUUGAUGACAAAGAGAAUCAAUAUAAUUCUAAAACUGUCCCAAUUGAUUUAACCAAUGAAUCACCCCGGUCCAAUCAUCAACUCAAUCCAUCAAUUCACAACAGAAAUCAAUAUAAUCCAUCAAUUGAUCGUGAAUCACUGACUCCCAAUGAUGUAGUUGAGGUGGUUGAAGUAAUUGAUGAUGAAGACGAUGAUGAUGCCGAUGGUGAUUAUGGUAGCGAAGAUUUGAAUACCAACGGUGACGUUCAUACCCAUGAGGAUUACAAUCAACAUCCUCAACCAGUCAAGAAUGAUAAAAUUAAGCCUUCAUUACCUUCAGCAACAGAAUUUAAAGCCUUGAGUGAUAAAUUAAUGAAACCAUUAGAUGAUUACCCAGUAUCUGACGAAGCACAUGAUGUUUGGGAAAUAAAAAGUUGGUCUAAUUUGGCAGAUAGUAAGAUCAGAGGUCCAAGAUUUAAAUGUGGGAACUUUGAAUGGAAUAUCUUAUUAUUUCCCCGUGGUAAUAGUAAUAACAAUACCAUAUCGAUAUACAUUGAACCACAUCCUCUAGAUCCUUCAAUCAAUGAAAAGGAUGAUGAUUGGUAUGUAUGUGCACAAUUUGGUUUUGAUUUAUGGAAUCCUAAUCAUCCGAAUUCUCAUUCAGCUUUAUCUUCAUUCCAUAGAUUCAAUAAGAAUGAUGCUGAUUGGGGGUUUUCAUCAUUUGUUGAUUUACAUCAUAUGACAUUGCCUAAUAAAAAUGGCUUACCACCAAUUUUAUCUAACAAUCAAAUCAAUAUAACAGCUUAUGUUAAAGUAAUUGAUGAUUCUCAAACAGGAGUUUUAUGGUAUAAUUUCCAUGAUUAUGAUUCUAAAAAAGCUACAGGAUAUGUUGGAUUGAAUAAUCAAGGAGCUACAUGUUAUCUUAAUUCAUUAUUACAAAGUUAUUAUACUACAAAGAUCUUUAGAAAAUUAGUCUAUCAAAUCCCUACAACUUCAAAUACCAUUAUUAAAUCUAAUAAAAAGGUUAAGAAAGAAAGUAGUGUAGCUUUAUCAUUACAAAAAGUAUUUUACUUGUUAUCAAGUUCCCAAAAUCCUGUUGGAACAUUAGAAUUAACCAAAUCAUUUGGUUGGGAUUCAAGUGAUGCUUUUACUCAACAUGAUGUUCAAGAAUUGAAUAGAAUUUUAAUGGAUAAGUUAGAAACCUCAAUGAAAAACACUCCAAUUGAGAAUAAAUUGAAUGAUUUGUUUGUUGGGAAAAUGAAAAGUUUCAUUAAAUGUAUAAAUGUUCCUUAUGAAUCAUCAAGAAUUGAAGAUUUCUGGGAUAUUCAAUUGAAUGUCAAAGGUCUUGAUAAUUUACAAAGUGCAUUUGAAAAUUAUAUUGAAAUUGAAAUGUUAAAUGAAGACAAUAAAUAUCAAGCAGGUGAUGAAUAUGGAUAUCAAGAUGCUAAAAAGGGGGUAGUUUUCCAACACUUCCCACCAAUUUUACAUUUACAAUUGAAAAGAUUUGAAUAUGAUUUCCAAAUUGAUGAUUUAUCUAAAAUUAAUGACCGUUAUGAAUUCCCAGAUCAAAUAGAUUUAUCACCAUAUUUAGAUGAAGAUUUAUCACCAGAAAUUAGAAAUGAAAAUUGGAAUUAUAAAUUACAUGGGGUUUUAGUUCAUCAAGGAAGUAUUUCUAAUGGUCAUUAUUAUACUAUGAUUAAACCUAAUGCUAAAGAUAAUCAAUGGUAUAGAUUUGAAGAUGAUAGAGUUUGGAAAGUUACUCCAACUGAAGCAUUCCAAGCAAAUUUCGGUUGUGAUGAAAUAACUGAAAUGGAAUAUGUUAAAAUGUCAAGACAAGAACAAAGUGAUUAUAUUAUUAAACGUUCAACUUCAGCUUAUAUGUUGGUUUAUUAUCGUGAAACUUUCUUGAAUGAUAUUUUACCUGAAAAUGAUGAAGAAAUCAAUAAUCAAAUCCCAAAAUUCAUUCCUAUUGAAAUUGAAAAUCAAUUGAAUGAAGCUAAAAUGUUGGAAAGUUUGAAACAACAACAAUUAUAUAACAUUAAUUUGAAAUUAGUUACUUUGGAGAUGUUUCAACAAUAUAAUCAUUUUGAUCUUUAUCAUGAUCCUUUAGAUCAAAAAUUUUAUGAUAAACAUUUAGUUCAUGGGAAUAUCAAACUUCUUGAGUUCAGUUUCAAGAAGACCGAUGAGAUUUUUGUAUUGUAUAAUAAAAUCAAUGAAUCCAAAGGUCUCGGUUUAGUACAAACAAUUGAAGAUAUUGGUAAAUUACCUUACAGAUUAUUAUUGAUAACACAUCGUAAUAAUCAUACUAAUAGAGCUGAUGGAGUUUUGAAUUUAGAAGGUUUAGAUAAUCUUAGUUUAUCUAAUAUUUAUGCCAAUUUCUAUACAAAAAGACACGAUGAAAUGGUAUUUUUCAUUGAUGAAGGUAAAGAUUUAUCUUGUCUUGAUAAGAAAUAUGAAUCCAGUACUAUUGAAGAUUUUAAGAUUGAUGAAAUCGAUGCCAGAAUUGAUUCCAUCGUCCCUUCCUUGAAAUCUUUAGAUGAUCAUAUUAUGAUUUUCUUGAAACUUUUCAACCCUAUCACUGAUAAAAUGCAUGGUUUAGGUUAUGUUACAGUUACUAAGGAUAAACCCAUUAAAUCCAUUAUUCCUAUCAUGAACAGCUUGACAGGAAUUGAUUGCGAUUUCGAUAUGUUUGAAGAACUAACUCCAUAUAAAUUAGAGGCUGUUGACCCAACUAAUUCAUUUGAAGUCAAUGAAUUAAACAGUGGUGAUAUCAUUGUGUUACAGUUCAAAGAUUACCCAUCUAAAGGAAAAUUCAAGACUUUACACGAUUAUUAUAAAUUCUUAGCUACCAGAUUGCAUAUCAAAGUAUCUCCAUAUAAUGAAGACUUUAGUUUAAAUGACGAUGAUGAUGAAUAUAAUGAAGAUCUUGAUAUCAAAGAUGAUUUCAUCGAUGUUUCCAAAGAUGAUGAAAUGGUGGUUCUCAACAAAGAUGGUGAACCAGAAAAUGUUUUUGACUUAUGGGUUUCUACCUUGAAUAGUUGUGAAGAUUUGUCUAAAGAAAUAAGUAAACAUAUUGGUGUUGAUUAUCAAUAUAUCCGAUUAUUCAUAGUCAACCAACAAGGCAUGAAAUUCCCAAUCAAAACCAGUGCUGUGCUUUCACAAUAUUUCCCCAAAAAUUUAUCCAUAUCAGAAAUUGUCAAAUUCGAAUACGAUAUUUUGAAAAUAUCAUUGAAAGAAUUUGAAUCAAUGAAAACAUUUAAAAUUCAUUGGAUAACGAAGAUUUUUGAAUCUAAAGAAUUUGAAAUCAUGAUUUCAAUAAACGAUUCUGUUGAGGGAUUGAUCAAAAAGUUACAGAAAGAAUUAGAAUCUGAAGGUAUUAAAAUCAAUGUUUCUAAUUUAUUAAUGUGGUAUGGAAAUGAUUGCAAGUAUGUUGGAUUUAUAAGAUUCGAUGGUGUAGUAUCAGAAUUGAAUGAAACUUUUGAUUUCUACGUAGGAGAAUUCCCUGUGGAAUUAAAUGUGUUUAUUAACCAUGACUUAAUGAACGUUGCAAAACCAACCAUUCAAUUUCAAGAUGAUAAGAUCUUGCAAUAUGAAUAUGAACAAACAGAAAAAUUCAAAUCAAGUUUGAAUAUUGUUCCGGUAUUCCAUUUCUAUAAAAGUUCAUCAAAUCAUCAUUCAAUUCCAUUUUUAUUCAUAAUUUUACCUGAAGAGAAAUUUAUUGACACUAAGAAGAGAUUACAGUAUAAAUUAGGACUCAGUGAUGUACAUUUUUCCAAAAUCAAAUUCGCUUUGGCAGAUAAUUCUGAAAAGGGAAGAUAUUUGGAUGAUAAUGAAGAUUUGAUUUUAUAUGAUCAAAUUGAAAACGGAUUAUCUUUAGCUUUAGAUCAUAUCGAUAGAUCUCCCCGUAAAAACAUUUUCGAUAAAGGUAUUCAAAUUAAAUAG